AUGAUUUUGGAACAACAAUUUAGCCGAUCUGUGUUGGUAACAGGAGGGGCCGGGUUUAUCGGCUCGAAUUUUCUACGUGCCGUAUGCACUAGCCAAGAUUAUCAAGAUGUUAAAUUUACGUGCAUAGACAAAUUGAGCUAUGUCAGCGAUAAUACUACCAAAUUCAUAGACGAUCUUCUCAAGGAGGACAACUUUGAAUUCAUUAAGGCUGACAUUUCUGAGGAAUAUGAUCUACUAUAUCGUCUGAUUGUUGAGCAAGAGCUAUUUACCGAUGUGAUUCACUUUGCUGCUGAGUCAUCGGUUGAUAGAUCGUUUGAAGACCCUCUUUUUUUCACCAAGAACAACGUUUUGGCAGCUCAGAAUCUUUUAGAGUGUGUGAGAUUGAUUGGAAAUAAGAGGGGAGAUCCGCACCACGUCAAGUUUAUUCAUAUAUCGACGGACGAGGUGUACGGAGAGCAGAGAACCAACGAGUCUGCCGCAGAAAACACCCUAUUAAGUCCUUCCAACCCUUAUUCAGCUAGUAAAGGUGCCAUAGAUCUUAUUAUUAACGCCUAUAUCAAAUCAUUUCAAUUAUUUGCAGUGUUAAUUCGGUCUAACAAUGUAUACGGAUAUCAUCAGUACCCGGAAAAGAUCAUCCCCAUGACUUUGUACAGUCUUUGUCAUCGGCAACCGAUUAGAAUUCACGGCGAUGGUCAUAAUAAACGACGAUAUCUCUUCAUCGAUGAUUUUGUAAGCGCUGUGCUUACCGUGUGGAACAAAUCGGAACCUUAUGAGAUUUAUAACGUUGGUUCCGAUGACGAGGUUACUAAUAUAGAUAUGGUCAAUCUAAUAAUCAGACAGUACAAACAAUGGAAGCCAUAUAGUACCAUUCCACCUAUCACCUAUGUUACUGAUAGAAAGUUUAAUGAUGAUAGAUAUGACGUGGACUUUACCAAGAUCCGAAGACUUGGGUGGAAACCACAAACCACUCUACAGCAAGGACUCGAUAAAGUAAUUAGAAGCUAA